AUGAUUAUCGACACCACCAUUGUUAAGAUAAGAAGACCCUCACCAGGACCAAACAAUCAAGAUCUCCAAAGGUCCUUCUACAGCGGCAAACACAAAUUUCAUGGCAUCAAGUUUGAAGUAGGAAUCCGACUGGAUGGCUACAUCGUUUGGGUUGGUCCUCCUCAACCAGGAAGCAAGCAUGAUUUAACCAUCUUUGACGAUGGAGAGUUGGCCAAUGAGUUACUGCCUGGUGAGAAGAUUUUGGCCGACUCAGCCUACGUCUCAAAGAACCACCCAUUCGUUACACCAAUUAAGAAACAGAGGAAUACCAGAACAGUCACCAAGUUCCUCACAGUUGAACAACGCAUCUAUAAUUUCCAGAUCUCAAGAUUGCGUAUCAAGAUUGAACACUGCUUUCCAAAGGUCAAGGCUCUCACGAUGUUUGGCUCCACCUAUAGAUCACAGCGCCACCACCUCGAUCUAUACUUCCGCGCAGCAUGUGCCCUCAUUAACUUUCAAAGCUUUGGAGUGGUGGACACUUGUCCAGCAUCGAUAAGACAGCUGGUAUGGUCAAAUAUAUUCCAGCUGAUGGGCAAGCCACAGCGCCAAUACGAUCAGCUGUUCACGCCAGUGAUCGAGUCGUGGCUGGGCGAGGUCUCGGUAUGUAUUAUCAACAAGUUGAUGACCAUUACUUUCAAUCCACUAACUAUUGAAUGA